GGGACCAGGAGCGGGACAUGCGGGUGCGCGUGCGGAGCUGGCACGGAGUCGCGUCCUGGCUGUGGGUGGCGAACGACGAGAACUGCGGCAUCUGCCGGAUGGCCUUCAACGGCUGCUGCCCCGACUGUGAGUGCGGGGCCGGGGCCGGCACCGGCCGCUGCGCGCCGGGCGGGGCUGACGGUGUGUCCAUGCCGCAGCAGGUGCAGCAGCAUUGCCCCAUGUGCCGCCAGGAGUGGAAGUUCCGCGAGUGAGGGCGGCACCGGGCACGGGCCGUGACCCGCCCCCGGCCGGCCCGGGCCCGCCCAGUAAAUGUGCGACGCCAGUCGCGUGUCUGUGUCCGGUGCUCCGCGCUCGGGGCCGGUGCUCGCGGGGCGGGCGAGGCGGGACCCCCGCCCGGGUGCCGCUGCCGCGCCGGCACCGUGCGCGCUGCUCGCGCUGUGCCGCCCCGCCGAGCCCCGUUCCUGCGGACGGCCCGGCCCCGCCGCUGCCCGCUGGGCAGGACCUCGGGGCCGCUCUCCGAUCUGCGCCGCUCGCCAGCUCCGACACCGGCGGCUCUGCCGAACCCGACCUGCGCUGCUAGCCAGCUCGGCCCACUGCCCCGGGGCUCCGCACCGCGGUGAGGACGGGGCUGGGGCUGGGACGGGGCACGGUUCAUGCUCCCUCCGCGGGUUCCUGAGCCCCCUCAGCCCCGCGGUGCUCUGCAGCGAGCGGCGGAGCAGGGGGCGGGCGGGGGCUGCCCCUGUCUGCAGCCAGCGCUGCCGGCACAGCCCCCAUCCCCCCGCUGUGCCGGUGCUCCUGCAGGUGCUGUGUGUGACAGGUGUGGCUGUGGAGCUGCCAGGAGCUCUCCUGUGCAAGGCAGGCCUGAUUCUGUCCCUGGACCCCGUGGAGUGUGCGGCUGCCUGAGUGGGGCUGGUGGCUCUGGGGUGACAAUAAACCUGCUUGGGAUGGCUCUCUCUUGUCUGUCCUUGCUGGGGAGGGGGGAGCCCACCCAGACCUGGGAGCUCUGGGCUGCUGAGCUCUCCAGUCCCUCCUAUGGUGCUGAGGCUGCUCAGGUACCCAGCAGAACAAAAUCCCCUGGGCGUGAGGCUGCCCAAGACUCGUGGGAGCUGCAGGGCACAGUGCAGGGCCAGCAGGGAGAAGGGGCUGUGCAGGGUGUCUGCAGGCCUGGGGCUCCUUUCCCUGUGUGCCCCCAAAGACCCUGCUCCCCCUUUGUGCUGCAGGGGACCUGGCACAGCCUGUGCCCAGGCCUGGGGCAGCUCUGGCAGCAGGACACAGACUGGGGGGCAGUGGGCUGGCAGCUGAUCCCUGGCAGGGGCACCCCUGGGUCACCACCUCCCCACAGGGUGAGUCCACAGCACACAUCCAGCCUGGCUGCAGUGCCCAUGCCAGUGCUGGUGCCAGGGCCUGCCUGGCCCCCGGGGCUCCUGUGCUCAUUAGAACACAGCCAAGGAGUGCCCCCACUCCCACCACUGCCCCUGGCUGUAGCUCUGACAAACAUGGACCUGCCCUGCUGUGCCAGCCAGAACCCAGGAAGGGCCAGCAGGGCUGAGUGGUGGCUGCCCUGGGGCUGAGCAGCCCUUGUGCUAUGGAGCUGCAGGGAUGAGGUGAGUGUGGCGCUCCCUCUCAGGACCAGUGCACGUGUGCCCUGUGCUC